AUGGCCGACGUAUCUGACCCCGCAAUCAGUGAAGCCUAUCUGGACGUCCGGUCCGACAAAUCGGAGACGAACUGGUUGCUCUUGGACUAUGAGUCCGACCGCUCCGACAAGCUUUUGGUCACCCAAACGGGGAGUGGAGGGCUAUCGGAAUUGCGAGAAGUGCUGGAUGAUACCAAGGCUUCGUUCGCCUAUGUACGGGUCAGGUACUCAAACGACAAGGAAUCUACGCGCGAGAAGUUCAUAUUGGUGGUGUGGAUCGGUCCUCAAUGCAAAGUAAUGCGGAAAGCCAAGAUUUCGGUGCAUUCGGCUGACGUCAAGGGGGCACUGCGAGUCUACUCGAUUGAAGUUCCCGCUCGGGAACGAGAUGACUUAAAUGAGGAGCCCAUAGUCGUCAAACUCAGGAAGGCCGGGGGCGCAAGCUACGAUGGCGUUUAA